AUGGACGAAGAUCAGGGCCCAUCGCAGAUUAUCCCACCAACUGAAAAGCGACGAUCACUCGGGAGAUUUCUCGCCGGCGCAAGACACCUCUUCUUCACGAAAGAUGGCCUAAUCGGCACUUACGACUAUGCGUUCCUCUUUAGGCCGAACCUCCCGUUCAUGAAGAAGCCUGAGCAGGGCUCUCCGUUCUUCGGCCUCAAUGACCGCAUGCCACUCCUCCUCGCUCUUCUUCUUGGAUUCCAACAUGCGCUUGCUAUGCUUGCGGGAGUUAUCACACCGCCAAUUAUACUCGGAGGUGCAGGCGGCGUCAACUUCCCCCCAGAGCUGCAGCAGUACCUUGUUUCCACGGCCUUGAUCGUCUCCGGCACUCUUUCUAUGAUUCAAAUCACAAGAUUCCACAUUUACAAGACACCGUACUAUCUUGGAACGGGUUUGAUAUCCGUAGUAGGGAUAUCAUUCACCAUUAUCCCUGUCGCUCAAGGUGCCUUUGAUCAAAUGUAUAAAAACGGUUUCUGUCCGACAGACGACAAUGGUCUCCGUCUCUCAUGUCCCAAGGGAUACGGCGCACUGCUGGGCACCGCAGCAUGCUGCGCUCUCCUUGAAAUUUUGAUCGCCUUCAUCCCUCCUAAGAUCCUUCUCAAGGUUGUACCGCCAAUUGUCACUGGCCCUACUAUUAUGCUCAUUGGUAUCCACCUUGUCGAGAGCGGUUUCAAGAACUGGGGUGGUGGUUCUGGGCCUUGUUUCCAGCCAACGAGCGACUUUUUUGCCUCGUGCCCCAACAUCAAUGCUCCUCACGCCCUUCCCUGGGGAUCUGCAGAAUACCUAGGUCUCGGGUUCUCCGUCUUCGUCACGAUCAUCCUUUGCGAACGGUUCGGUUCGCCCAUCAUGAAGAGUUGCAGCGUUGUCAUAGGUCUUCUCGUCGGCUGUAUUAUCGCCGCUGCCACCGGAUACUUCGACCGGUCCGGAAUCGACAGCGCUCCCGUGGCCUCCUUCAUAUGGGUGCACACCUUCAAGCUCACCGUCUACGGCCCUCUCGUCCUUCCCAUCCUCUCCGUCUUUAUUAUCGUCGCCUGCGAAGCCAUUGGCGACAUCACAGCCUCCUGCGAUGUUUCCCGAGUGGAAGUCUCGGGGCCCAUCUACGAGACUAGAGUUCAAGGUGGUGUCCUCGCUGACGGCCUCAACGGUCUCCUCGCCGCCCUGAUGACCAUCACACCCAUGAGCACGUUCGCCCAGAAUAACGGCGUUAUCGCCCUUACUCGAUGCGCUAAUCGCACCGCCGGCUACUGCUGCUGCUUCUUCCUCAUCGUCAUGGGCAUCUUCGCCAAAUUUGCCGCCGCGCUCGUCGCCAUUCCGUCUUCGGUUCUAGGAGGCAUGACUACCUUCCUCUUUUGCUCCGUGGCCGUCUCUGGUAUGGCUGUCAUCGCGCGCAGUGUUCCUUUUACCAGGAGGAACCGGUUUAUCCUGACGGCUGGUCUUACGAUCGGUUUUGGAGCUACGUUGGUGCCUACCUACUUCGACACGGUCUUCACCUACCACGGACCCAACACUAGCCUCCGUGGAUUUAUGGACGCUAUCGAGAUUGUUAUGGAGUCCGGGUUCGUCGUCACUGCUUUCAUUUGCAUGAUUCUCAACUUGACGUUGCCCGAGGAGCCUGAAGAUGCCAUGAUGAUGAACUCUCUCCCGGCGCAAAGCGACGACGAUUCCAUGUUGCAUGUGCGAUUCAAGUUUAAAAUGUCCCAACAUGCCUCUGUUCACUGGUUCUUGGAUAGGCCCUAG